AUGCCUCACCAUCAUGUCGACCUGGUGAUGAGGCAUGCUCACGUCCGGAGAGAGGUCGUGCCUCCGCACCGAUUGCCGUUCUUGGUGCCUACCGCCUCUCAUAUUCCUAACAUGCCAUCCUUGGUAAUAAGAGCUCCUGCCUCAGCGGAGACAACCGCGAGUGGGGACAAAGCUACCAGCAUGACGAUGACUACGGUGUUGCCUAUCGUACUUGGUGCUGGUGUUCCUAUUAUUUGUGCCAUUGUGAUCCUGAUUAUCCUUCACCGACGACACGUCAAGAAGCUUCUGAGCGAGGAUGCCAACGACAAACACAAAUCUCUCGACUUUGGCAUGGAUGUCGUGGACCCUUCGGGAGGACGCAAAAAGAUGCCCAACGGUCUGCCCCAGAUGGUGGAACCCACUCAUACUAAGGGUCUGUCUCUGGACGUGCAUCCAUACCUCUUACCCCCGGGCCUGCACCGUUCCCGAGACUCGCUGCAAUCUCUCUCUCGGUCCAUCGACGACGACAAAUAUCGCCCGGCUAACUUGGUAACUGAUGCUGGCUCGGUUCGAUCUUUCCCAAGAGGUCGGGACGAUGCAUCGAGUUUCACUGGGUCGAUCAGCCGGUUUGGAGCCUCGGAAGAGCCAAGUUCCGGUCUGUUGCGGAAUGCUCAACGCAUGUCUCGCUCGUCCCCUCCACUAUACCCCAACUCGCCAAGCGACUCUGUUCCGCAGCCGCCCCCUCCAACGUACCAGAACUACCACGGAUCGGAAUCAGGGUUGACCCCAAGUCCUUCAGAGCAUGAUGAGCAUGGCUUGGCAAUUGGGAGUGCGACCACCGACGUCAAGAGCAGUGAACGGGCUGCGCCGUCAGAGCUACAUUUCAACCCAAUCUCGGAGCAUGGUCUUCACUUUGAGAUUGAGACUCCUCACAGCGGCACUGGCAAUGAGAAUAUGCACUACGAAGAUCGCCUCAACUUCCCACUACCGGGGCCUACAGCAUCCCAUCAGGAGCGCGAGCACAUGCAAAGCUCCACGACGCAGCUCCCGCGGAUUUCACUACCGGCAAGCGAUGUCACUAGUAGCGAUUAUGGAGACGAGCGCAAGUCGGAGCUGAUGAUUCCAUCAGUGAAUGUGCAUAGUAUCGAUGAUGCCAAGCAUGAUGCCAGCCACGACAACAAACCGCUCAACCUGCCAGAGGAGCCGGCAAAUCAGGAAUCUGUCUACGAUGCCCGCCCUGACACUCGCCGGUUGACCCUCGGGGUCCGCCCGCUUCCCCCUGAGGACCCGGCGGACAACCCGGAGCAGCGUGCCAACCGAAUUCGCUCUUUCUACAAGGAGUACUUUGAUGACAGCAAGCGAGAGACCACGUACAUGGAGGACUACGGUGCUACCGAUGCCCAUGACGGAGGCUACGUCUAUGAUCCUACCACCGGUGAUUAUUACGAUGCAGCCCCUCCUGUUCCAUUUGCCGAACCCAUUGGCCGUCGCGCCAUGACCCCCCCCCGCCUCGUGCUCCUCCCCGUUUCCAAGGGGCCGCCCGUCACAUGGCGACCAACUCUGCCGGCUUCAACCCAGGCCCGCAUGCUUCCGACUCCUCAUUUGCUCAAGGAUGAUUCCAUCAUGAUGGCUGCCGAUUUUGCACCCGGCAAGAACUUCAGAGAUCAGCGUGAAGGUCGCCCAGGUACCCCGACAGGUGGCAAGAUGCCCUUCAGUCCAAGUCUUCGGGCUCACACCCCUCUCGCAUCGGCAUUUGACGAGCUUGCUGUAAUCCCUAGCCCCCACGCCUUGCGGAAAUCUGGCACAUACACCAGUCUGGACUUCGCCCCGCCGCCCCGUUUCAAGAACAGCGACGGAGGCAGUGACGCCGGUAGCAUCCGCAGCAACCGGACCGGCAUCUCGAACACCCACAUGAACAACAUUCGUAAUGGUAACUAUCGGGUCAGCCGUUUACCUGUGGACACGGUAGGCACAAAGGACGACCUGAUGUCCAGUCUGCGCCCGGAAUGGGAUAUGACAAGAUAA